GGAAGAUCUUUUCGCCGCGCCUUGCUUUUCUUAUCGCUCCCCGAUAAGGAAAAAACCUCAAUUCAACAUCAACAUCCCCAAACCUCUCCACUCCAACCACAACCCAUUGUCCCGCCCCUCUUCUUUUCUCCUCUCCCUUCCCCUACUCCAAAAUGCCCCCCAUACCCAUAACAAUCCUAACCGGCUUCCUCGGCUCCGGGAAGACCACCCUCCUCCUUAACCUCCUCCCACAACUCCUCUCCCAAAACCCCACCUACAAGCUCGCCCUCCUCAAAAACGAGUUCGGCGACCUGGCAGUUGAUAGCCAGCUUGCGAGCGCGAGUAGUAUUGGCGGCGUGAGGGAGCUGCUUAAUGGGUGUAUUUGCUGCAAUCUUGUCGGGCAGCUUGACGAGGCGCUCAAGGAGUUAGCUGAGACGGUAAACCCAGACCGAAUCGUUGUCGAGACGAGCGGGAGCGCAUUCCCUGCUACGCUGGCUAUGGAAGUAAAUCGUCUCUCCCGCGAAACAAACGGAGCUUACACCCUCGACGGCGUGAUCCACGUAAUCGACGUUGAGAACUGGGCCGGCUACUCGGACACCUCCUACACGGCCAAAAUCCAAGCGAGAUAUACAGAUUUGAUUGUGUUUAAUAAGUGGGAGGUGGCGGGCGAGCAGAGGAUGGAGGUGUGUUUAGACCGAGUGGGUGAUUUGGAGGAGAGUAUUGCGUGGGUGAAGAGUGAUCGGGGACGGGUGCCGGUCGAUGUGGUGUUUGGUGUUGAUGGGGGGUUGGCUAGGACCUUGGGCGAAGAGCCAAGUCCUCAAGUUAAUGGCCAUGGCCACGACCAUUCUCGUGGUGAGAAUGGAGCUGGUGGCCAUGGACGUGGGCAUGAAAAUGGGAAAGGCCAUCAAAGUGAAGUCGAAGUCCUCUCCAUAACUCUCUCCUCGUCAUCCCCGACUUCGGUAAUCGACGCGUCGAAAUUGGAAAAACUCCUCAAAUCCGCGCCAAAAGACGAGGUGUACCGCAUCAAAGCCGUGCUCGCUGCUUCUUCGCAUAUCUCGUCCUCCGACUCCGAAUCCUCCCCGGCCUCCUCAUCCGAAGAUAACACAGCAGGAGUCAGAUAUAUCCUCAACUGGGCUUUCGGACGCUGGACUUGCACGCUGGUGGGUAAAGCGGGGGAAGAGCAUGAGAGUAGUAGCGGGGUUGUCCUCCGGAUGACGAUGAUCCUGGCGAGGUUCGAGAGUAAGAAGUGGAAGAAGAGGAUUGAGACGCAGGGUUUCGUUGAGUUAUUUGGCGAUGGUGGAGAAAAAGGGACUUUGACGGUUGACAAGAUUGCAUGAGUUUCUCGAGCGAGAAAUAAUGAUAAUGAAUUGGCAUGGGAGACGGAGUUGGGAUUAGAUUGGCGGGCGUUUCCGGUCUAGAGAAUAUGGAGUCAUAUUCCUGCGCAGGAGGAUAGAGAGAAUAGAAGAGUUUCCAUGUUUGCGAUGACGACUCUAUCGCAGCGAAUUUAACAAAAGUUGAAGAAGAG